CUGCAAAAUAAGGUCCAAAAAACCCAAAAAGAUAAAUCAAAGGAAGAUAGAGUAGAUCGCCAGAUUUCAACAAAAAAGAAAAAAACGAAGCAAAAGAAGGUAACGUUGUUUCAUAGUUUUUCACGAAAACCUGUCUGUCAUCUCCGCCCCUCAUGCGCUUCCGUUUCCCCUUAUACCCUUCUUCUUCUUCGUCUCUCUUGUCUUUCAUCUUCUCUUCCUCUCGUUUCUCCACUUUCAUUUCAAUGGCUCCCGCCUUUGAGCCCGCCAUUGGAAGUGAAAACAAAUCUGGGAAUGAUGGGUUCAAAUCGAAGGUCGCUGUUGUUGGUAGUGGCAAUUGGGGUAGUGUUGCUGCUAAGCUCAUUGCUUCCAACACUCUCAAGCUCAACUCUUUUCAUGAUGAAGUGAGGAUGUGGGUGUUUGAGGAGACAUUGCAAACCGGUGAGAAGCUUACUGAUGUUAUUAACAAAACCAAUGAAAAUGUUAAAUAUCUCCCGGGUAUUAAGCUCGGUAAAAACGUCGUUGCCGAUCCCAACCUCGACGAUACAGUUAGAGAUGCGAACAUGUUGGUGUUUGUGACCCCUCAUCAGUUCAUGGAGGGUAUAUGCAAGAGGCUUGCUGGUAAAGUAAGGGGAGAAGUUGAGGCUAUUUCUCUUAUUAAAGGAAUGGAGGUCAAAACGGAAGGCCCUUGUAUGAUCUCCAAUCUUAUAUCCGAGCAACUCCGCAUCAAUUGUUCGGUUCUAAUGGGGGCGAAUAUCGCAAACGAGAUUGCUGUGGAGAAGUUCAGUGAAGCAACUGUUGGAUACCGAGACAAUCGAGAGAUUGCCGAGCAAUGGGUUAAAUUAUUCAGUACUCCUUAUUUCAUGGUCACUCCUGUCCAAGAUGUGGAAGGGGUUGAACUAUGUGGUACCUUGAAGAAUAUCGUCACCAUCGCAGCCGGUUUCGUGGAUGGACUUGACAUGGGAAAUAACACGAAGGCUGCGAUAAUGAGAAUCGGUCUACGAGAGAUGAGAGCUUUCUCCAAACUGUUGUUUUCGUCCGUUAGGGAUAGUACCUUCUUCGAGAGCUGCGGAGUUGCAGAUGUCAUCACGACGUGCCUGGGAGGAAGAAACCGGAAAGUCGCCGAGGCGUUUGCUAGGAAUGGAGGAAAAAGAUCUUUCGAUGAGCUUGAAGCUGAGAUGCUGCAAGGCCAGAAAUUACAGGGUGUAUCUACGGCAAGAGAGGUCUCUGAAGUUUUAAGCCACCGUGGAUGGCUCGAGUUGUUUCCUCUCUUUACGACGGUGCACGAAAUCUGUAUCGGAAGUCUUCCGCCAUCGGCCAUUGUCGAAUAUAGCGAGAAGAAACCGAGGUUAUCCGUGCUAGAGGACUCGACCCGUUGCAUUUGAGAUUCAAGUCUCAUCCUUUACAAUUGGCACGUAUAAAAAGAAAAUUACAUAUGCGUCAUCGUGAAAAAUCAAGCAGAGAAUUAUGAAAUAUAUUAAGGGUAAAGUAUUUAAAUAGUCCCCGAACUUUUAAGACACUUGCAUUUUGAUCACCUAAC